AUCCCCGCGAUUCUCUAUUACCAAACCACUUUCGCCACACAACAUGAACUGAUCUCUUCCCGCCUUAGAGAAUCGCUCUCCCAAACCCUGACCAUGUUCUACCCUUUCGCAGGGCGGCUCAAUAGAGCCGACAACUCCAUAAACUGCAACUACAUGGGCGUUAGAUAUUUAGAGACAAAAGUCGAUUCCAAUAUCUCCGAGGUGAUCGAGUGCAAUGAAGCACGAAUGAUUGAUCCAUUCAUACCCAACUUGAUGGGAAAUGAAGAAGAUGAGAUUUUCGCAAUUCAAUCGUGGGCUGCAGUAUCUCGCCAACAUGAUAACAUCAUUAAUGCCCUGAAGCCGAGCUUCGUCUCAUCAUCCCUCUUCCCGCCAAAGGAGAAACACGACUACAAUCAACCAUCCGAAGACUGUAAAGUGAGCCUCAUUACAAGGAGGUUUGUUUUUGACCCAAGUAAGAUAACUUCAAUGAGAGAAAAUGCGAGAAUUGAUCAUGAUCAUCCCAUUCCCACCCGAGUUGAAGUAGUAUCGGCUUUCAUAUGGAAGUACGCCACUGUUGAUAAGCCUGGCAAACAAUACAUCGCAGCUCACAUGGUGAAUUUAAGGAGCCGAAUGGUGCCUCCAUUGUCGGAGCAUGCGAUUGGGAAUCUCAUCGGGGUGGCAUACGCAGAUUGCAGGUACGAAGAAUCGAAUGAUUUAGCAGUGAUGGGAAGCAAGGUGAGGGAAAAAUUCGAAGAAUUGACGACGAGUACAUAA